CAAUACCUGAAUCAAAACAAAAGAAGACAAGACUUCUCACGGGAAGUCUGAUAAGAGCAAAAAUAUAACUGAUAAUGGAUUUUAGUGAAAAACCAAAUCAACUAGUAAAACUACAAAAUAAUUAAAACCUUAUCUAGCAGCCAACGAACGUCACCACUUUUUGCUUUCAUUAUUGAAUCGUUGGAGCGUGAACAAAGUCAAAUCAUGAGUCGUAAACAGUGACUCAAAAUCUCGCGAGUUCUAGUUUAGUCGCGUCGUCGUUCUUCUGUAACCACUAAACAGAUUUCAUUUCGAUACGGGGGCGCCAACUGUCAGUGACCAGGUGUCCGCCAGCAGACAAAGCACAAUGCCGUCGCCGCGUGAACCCGUGGACGCGCUGUACCAGCAGCAAGACUUCUACAUCGGGCUUUCGUUGGCCCUGUCCAGCAGUUUCUUCAUCGGGUCCAGCUUCAUCAUCAAGAAGAUUGGCCUGAUUCGAUUGUCCCGGGGCGGGUCCUCGGUCCGGGCCAGUGCCGGUGGGUUCGGCUACCUCAAAGACUGGAUCUGGUGGGCCGGAUUGAUUUGCAUGGGCGUUGGAGAAGCGGCCAACUUCGCCGCCUACGCCUUUGCACCGGCUUCUUUGGUGACACCGCUCGGAGCACUGAGCGUCAUCGUAACGGCCGUGCUGGCUUCCAAGUUUCUCAAGGAGCGCCUCAAUCUUCUAGGAAAACUCGGCUGUUUUCUGUGCAUAAUCGGUUCCACAAUCAUCGUCAUCCAUUCGCCCAAGGAAGGCGAGAUCGACGAUCUUAACCUGUUGCUGGACAAGCUUCAAGACCCCACCUUCAUAACGUACGUGGUCAUCAUUCUGGCCCUGUCGUUGUUCAUCGGUUGUUGCUGUGGACCACGAUACGGCCACAAAAACGUGUUGGUCUACAUUUUACUGUGUUCGGCCAUUGGAAGCCUGACCGUAAUGUCCUGCAAAGCGCUGGGUCUGGCUCUUCGAGACACCCUUUCCGGCAAAUCGAACGACUUCGGAAUGUGGCUGCCUUACUUUCUGAUCAUCGUGACCGUCGUUUUCGUUGGCAUUCAGGUUAACUACCUGAACAAGGCGCUGGACAUCUUCAACACCAGCAUCGUAACGCCGAUCUACUACGUGAUCUUCACCACCCUCGUGAUAACGGCAUCGGCCAUCCUGUUCAAGGAAUGGGGCCGCAUGAAAGCCCAGGACAUAAUCGGCGAUCUGUGCGGAUUCUUUGUGGUGAUCGUGGCAGUCAUUCUGUUGAACGCCUUCCGGGAAAUGGAUAUCAGCCUGAACGAUGUCAAGGGCAUUAUGCGACCGAAGCGGGAACUGCUAAUGUCCCACAAAAAUCAGUUUGACGAUUUCGAGACGGAGAGCAAUGGGUCGCAGAAGCACUACGGUACCGGAGACUACCGGAACAUUUGAUAUCAGAAAUUGCCUUGAACUCGAUGUGAAGCUUUGCGCGGGUGAGUUGUGCGUGUAUGAUAAUGUAUUUCUUGACAGCUUUAUUACUACUAGGGUUAGACGUUAAGUAAGUUGAAUGUAAAAUGGAACCUCACUGGAUAAUGAAA